ACGGUACCGUUGUGUAUUACAGUACGCGACUCUUAUACCGUACAGAGGCAUCGUCCCGUAACGAAAAGAACUUCCCGCAAACCACGGACAGCCACCAAAACACGUUCGCCGAACGCAGGCAACUCAGCACUACCGCUGGACAUCAAUGGCGACCAAUACCGUGGGCCAAACUCUCAGCUUUCUCACAGAUGCAGGCCACUUGCUCGCUGCCACGGUCCCUCAGGCCUCGGCGUAUCUCCUGAGCCGGCGCAACGAGCUCAUGUUUGAACACGAGAUGCCGCUGUCGGACCAGCAGCGGCAGCGUGUCUGCACCUGCUGCGGCCACAUCAUGCUGCUCGGACAAGGGAGCCUGUUGCAAGUCAAGGCGGAGAAGAGAGUGAGCAAGAAGCCCAGCUCGACUCGAGGCGCAAAGGCUCGCUCGCAGCCUCGCUCGUCAGGCCCGACGAAAGCCAUCGCUUGCGCACACUGUGGCAGGCAGACAGAGGUCAAGCUGCCGCCCCCGGCUCCUAUCUCGAGACGCCGAGCUAAGGUGGCCCAAGUUUCCAAGGCCUCGGGGCCGGGAGUGAGCUCGUCCUUGCUUGGCGGCCCCCAGCAAACUGCUUCACAAAGGGCCAGCGCGAAUGCAAGCAGCAAGAAGCGAGCCAAGUCCAGGAAGGCAGGAUUGUUGGCAAUGUUAGAUCAGUCCAACGCCGCGCGGGGUGCACGGCCUGGGCUAGGAUUGAGCCUUGCUGACUUCAUGGAGAAGAAGUGA